AUGAGUACGAGGGCUUUGAGAAAACUCGGAGGGCAGAGUUUGGAAGACGAGCUUAAGAAACUAGAGUUGAAUAGAGCGCUGGAGAGGAAAACAGGCGAGGAAGCUAAAAAGCAAUUUUCAAAAUCUAAUGCAUUUGCAUUUUUGAAUGAGGAUGAGGAUCUGGGUGAGGGUGAGGAUCUGGGUGAGGAUGAAACAAAUAAAGAAAAAGAAUACAAGGCUAAAAGUAAACCAGAGAAACCUGUUUUUGCAAGCACUAGUGGAAAGCUGAAAAAGAAAAAAAAGAAAACAAGGGCAAAACAAGUUUCCCAACUUGAGCUGAGCAAAAACAAAGAUUGUGAAGAAGAGAAAGCAAAUGAAGAUGAAGAUGAUCUAGACAAGAUUCUAGCGGAAAUAAAACAGAAAGAAGAGAAGCUACAACAAAAACAAAAGAGUACAAAUAUCUCCCUCGAGACAUACAAUUUUGAAGAUGAAUAUAACGAACUAAACGAUCCACUAACAUACAGCGAUUCCAACUUUAAAAAUUUCACUACAGAAAGAUUGAACAAGUGCUUGCCUUUGCUUUCUUUUAAAUCGAUAAAAAAUCUAGAUCCUGAUCAAGAGUAUAAGAAUUUAUUUGGCAAUUCUUUGUCUAUUGAAUUGAUCGAGGACGCAAACUCAACCACUUCCCUAGCUAUUUCGCCUGAAGUCUUACAGCAAUUCAAGAAAAUGGCGAAAAUGAUAAGAAACUGGGGUGGUAAGGAUCGAAGGGGCAUUCCUGGAACUUCUAGAAAAUUACUCUUGUCAAAAAUUAGAGAUGAUUGGCUUCCAACACAGUUGAAGAGUGUUACUAUGGAAGAAAUAAACGAUGACGAUAUAUUAAGACUCUUUCUUUAUAAAGAGGAAGAUUUAGAAGAGCAAGAUUUUGUCCCCAAGCUUUGCAAUGAAAAAAAAUUGGGCGUACGAUACUUCAAGUUCAAUAAAGUCAAUGACAUGAAGAAUCGUGCCGCAAACACAAAGUUUUAUGCAUCAACGGUGUUGACGCCUGAUCCACAGUCACUUAUGCAGCUUUUGCAACUAAACCCAUAUCAUCAGGAGACGCUAUUGCAAGUAGCAAUGGUAUUGCUUCGUCAGGGAGACAACAAAGCAACAUCAAAUGCAUUGAUCGAAAGAGCAUUAUUUACAUUUGACCGGAGCUUUCAUAAAAAUUUCCAUGAACUAAUGUCGUCAGCCGAAAAUGGAUUGAUCAGAUUACCAUUUGAAUUUUUUUCAAAUCGACAGUUUUAUUUAAACAUAUUUCGAUACAUUGUUUCCCUUGGAGAAAGGUCACUAUUCUCAACGGCUUUGUCGUAUUGUAAAUUCCUACUCAGCUGUUCCCCAUGUGAAGACCCUAUGGGCGUUAGAUACUUUAUUGAUUUUUAUUGCAUAAUGAGCGAGGAGUACGAAUAUUUAAUGCAAUUGAAGCAAUCUCCAUUGGUAACAUGCUAUACUCGUUGGUGUACUCCUGGAAUAUCGUUUUCGACUGCUCUUGCUUGUUUGAAAUUGGGGAAACUAGAUCAAGCUGAACGGGAGUUACAAAAAGCUGCCGAAGCCCACCCCUUUGUUGCCUAUAGACUACUCACUGAAAUUUGUCUUUCGGGGACGGUUUCAAACAUAAAGGAAUCCAGUUUCGAAGCGAGUUGCGAAACACUUGUUAGUGCAGAAACGUAUCUAAUCAGGGCCAAGGUUUUGUGGCAAUCACAUUUGGACUUUUUAAAUGAGCAUUUAAGAUCCUUUUUCAACAAAUAUUCAAAGCCAAGUAGCAAGUUUGGUUUUGCAAAAUCAUUGAUGGGAGUUUUUACCAAUGAUACGCUGUUGUCGAAAGAAGUUCCUUUGAACUUGAUUAGAUUUGCGAUUUUGUCGGGCGAAAACAAGAUCAUGGGAAAACUUCCAAGCACUAUAUGGGAUCGUGAUGAUAUACUUGAAUAUGACGUGUUGCCACCAAAAGAACAACAACCAGCUGAACUGGUAGUCGAUGCUUUUCUGAAAUCAAAAACUAAAAUCUGCGAUUCGCUAUUGGAUUAUGUUGAUGAGAAUUUGUUAAGCGCUAUUGUGCAGCAAAAUACCAGAGGUGUAGAAGACACUUUAAGUGAAGAAGAGAUUAACUUGUUGAUCAACCGCUUGCAACAAGCAAAUGGCGAGAUCAAUCAAGGUGAUGCUGUAUAG